CGGCACGGCAGAGGCUCUCCCAACCUUUUCGGUUCCUUUUCGCACCCACUCGGAACUGUUUUUCCGCCGGAGCCGGAGUUUUCCCCGACCCUGCCCGGAGCGGCGCCGGUGAGUGCCCCGCCGCAGGAAAAGCUGUUCUCCCCUUCGCUGGAGGGCCGCAGCGCUGCUUCCCAGUCUCCACCUGUGGGGAUUUAUGUGUGGACCAAAGCAGAAUGGAUCGCUAUCGAUAUUUUAUCUUUAAUCAGAGGAACAUGGUCGUGCUGGGUCUGUUCCAGAUAGCCUUCAGCACGGUGUGCGUCGUCAGUGGGUUCAUAGAUGGCAUUUUCAGAACAGAGUCUCAGCUGGGCAAAACCAGAGCUCCAGUGUGGGCUGGGAUGGUGAUGGGACUCCCAGGCGUCCUGGCUUUGUUUUCCUCUCAGAGGAAGAAUCCAGUUCUCGUGAAUGUGCUGAUAGCUGCUUCCAUAACGUCUUGCGUUGCCAUCCUCAUCGUAAUAGUUUAUAGCUCCCUCACACUGAGCUAUGGUGAAGAGGAGGACCUGAGUUCUGCCCUAGUCCAUGUUAUCCAUACAAAGUUCAUACUUAAUAAAGUAGUCAAGGGCGCUAACGUAGCCAUGCUAGCUGCAUCUAUCGGCAGCGCUUUUGUUGUGCUGGCGAUGGCUUAUUUGGGAUGUCGGAGUCUUCCACGCUGCUCGUGCUACGAUAGCGUAACUGGGAUGGAAUGGUUGCAACCUAGUGAGGACCAAAAUCAGGCUGUGGAAAUGGUUUGCGCUGUGCAAAGCCCCGGGGGCAGAAUUUUUAACUUCCCAGAUCACUUUCCAGCCCAGGACUUAGAUGCAGAGGAAGACGCAUCCAAACCUCCACCAUAUAUCAGAAUGGCUUGAAAAAGUGGUGGAACAUUUUAAAGCUACUAGCCUAAAGAUGUGGCGAGACAGAUGUAAGAAGUUCUUAAUCUUUAAAGAUGGUUAUGCACUUUUUCUCAGCCUUUUGAAAAACACAGAAAGCGAGAACUAUCGAAUGCCCAAUGUUCAGCAGAGAUGACAGUGCAAAGGGGAAGAUCUGCAGAUGGUUUUGGACAUUCAGACUUUGUAUAGUUAAAAUACCUCAUUGCCUCUGGAAAGCAUGAGCAUUUUUUCCUCCAGCUUUUAUACUUAAAUCAUGUUUUAUUCCACUCGAAUUCAUCAUGCAAUUUGUCUAGCAGUGCUAGCCUUAGG